AUGCCGCCCAAGAAAAAGGGAGAGCGUCAGGACUCGGAUGCUGUUGAGGAGAGAAAUGCCCAGGUGCAGCUGGAGAAGGCCAAGUACAAGCCUGUGGCAUUUGCAGUGCGCUGCAACUUCUCCUACACGCCAGCAGAUGACGACAAUGUCCCAGUGCCAGGCCAGGCUGUCACCUUUGAGGCCAGAGACUUCCUACAUGUCAAAGAGAAGUUUAACAAUGAUUGGUGGAUCGGCCGGCCGGUGAAAGAGGAUGGUGUGGUGGGUUUUGUCCCGAGUCCAGUCAACCUGGAGACCAUCCUCAUCCGAAGAGAAGUUCAGGCCAGGAAAGCUGCCAAGGCCUUGGCCAACAAAGCAGCAACUCAAGUCGCUCAAGACAUGAACUCCAAGAAAUAUACCCCUCCUUCACAAGCUAAUCAGCAAGUGAAAAAGAAACCGGGGGAGCAGGUGGCAAUGUAUGAUGUAGUGCCUACCAUGCGUCCCUGUUGUCUGAUGGGGCCAUCCUUAAAGGGCUUAGAGGUUACAGAUAUGAUGCAAAAGGCACUAUUCGAUUUUUUAAAACAUCGAUUUGAAGGCAGAAUCACUAUUACACGGGUCACAGCAGACAUCUCUCUGGCCAAACGGAACAUCCUUAACAACCCGAGUAAAAAGGCCUUAAUGGACCGGUCCAACACACGUUCCAAUCUGGAUGCGGCCGCACAGAUUCAGGGGGAAGUGGAGCGCAUCUUUGAGCUGGCCCGCAGCCUUCAGCUGAUAGUGCUGGACGCAGAUACGGUCAACCAUCCUCUCCAGGUAACCAAGACCUCCUUGGCCCCAAUCCUCGUCUAUGUCAAGAUCUCCUCGCCGAAGGUGCUGACCAGGCUGAUAAAGACCAGGGGAAAGUCUCAGACCAAACAUCUGAACGUUCAGCUAGUCGCAGCAGACAAGCUGGCCCAGUGUCCACCGGAAAUGUUUGACGUCAUCCUGGAUGAAAACCAGCUGACCGAUGCCUGUGAGCACAUCGCCGAUUACCUGGAGUCCUACUGGAGAGCCACCCACCCUCCAGAGAUGCAGCCUGUCAACCCCCUGGUUGCCCAGCUGGCAGAGAACACACUGCCCACCAGCCCUGCACGAACACAGGUGGAGGAGAAAAGCAAAAAGUCGGCGGCCAUCAAGAGGAAAGGUUCCCGUGAAAACCACCUCGACACGGAUCCCCCCCAAGCCCCAGCCCAGGAGCAGCCAGCCGAGGAUGGCCAUGGAGAGGAGGGAGAGGACGAACGGCUCCUGAGGACUGAACCAAAGAGACCCCAGCACUCCCACCACCACCACUCUCACCACCACCGCCACCACCACCACCGCAGGACAGAGCACCACAACCACGCCCAGCACGGGCCCGCAGAGACACAGUACAGCAGGGACUACACCCAGAGGCUCCCCCGCAGCAGACUGCCACCCGAGGAAAGGGCCCAAGAGGAGGAGGAGGAGGAGGAUGCAGAGGUAGCAGAGGAGGAAGAGGACGAGGAGGAGGAGGGGGCGGUCCGCUACAACCACAGGCCCGUGGUGUCCCACAGGGACCAUAACCACCAUCAUCACAACAGUAACCACCACCACCAUCACCACCACCACCACCGCGGGGGCAGCCAGCCCCACCCAGGGGAGGAGUACGAGCUGGAGCGCAACGAACGCAACCGGCAGCACAGACACCACCAGCACGUCCCAGCGCGGAUCCACCGCAGCGACCACUAUCCCGCGCAGCAUCACAACUACCACCACUACCACAGCAGAGACAGAGACCGCCAGAGAGACCGAGAGCGAGAGCGAGACAGGGACAGGGACAGAGACAGGGACAGGGACAGAGAUAGAGAGGGGAGGCACGGGGGCAUGAGACAGUGGCACGGGGACUCCUAUAUACACUAG